GCUCGCCUUCAAUUUCUUCUCAUCUCUCCCGGAGUUUACCUGUAUGUAUUCGGGUCGGAUCAUCAGUAUCUUCUGUUCUUUACUCGGCCGGCACUGAUAAAAUUUAAAUGUUCAGUAUUUUUCUUAUGAACUGCUGAAAAAAGAAGUUGAGACUUUUGCUAGGAUCGGCGAUCGGGAGGUCUUGAUUUGUGUGUGUCCUGUGCUUCGAGGGGACGCUUUUCGAAAUUCAGAUAUAUAUUUCGGUUGCAUGGCCAAUGGAAUAACGAAAUGCUCAAUAGGCUUUUUAUAUCAAAUAAAGGGAAGUAAAAUGAAUUCUCUACAAGGACCAGCUGUUUGCCCGGUGGUUCAUGCUAAGCGUACAGGUCCAUACUCUGUUCCUGUCAAGCCUUCAGCCUUGGUGAAGGCUUCUAAAAUUCUUAGAAGUGAGUUCUGGAGGCUUGAUGGGAUCCACUGUAGGCAGGCUCAUUUUCCUCUGCAACCACAUUCGCGAAUAAGCAAGUUGAUUGCGUGCAGCUUCAGCUCAUCAUCAAAUGGCAAUGGCAGCAGGGCGGAGAACUUUAAUGAGAAUGAUGCAGAUUAUGUUAAUUCUAGUGUGGUUGAAGCUGUGGAAGUGAGGAGCAGCCCGGAUGGUUUCAUGAUCAAGAUGAGAGAUGGUAGGGAAUUGAGAUGUGUCCAUAACAACCCUCAGAGUGGUCAUCUUCCUGAUUAUGCUCCACAUGCAGCAAUAGUAUUGAGAAUGGAAGAUGAGAUUGGUCUUCUUCUCCCCAUCAUUGUUCUGGAGAUGUCAAGUAUGCUGCUCAUGGAAGCCAUAUGCGAUGUUCAAAUUGCCCGACCGACAGUGUACCAAGUGAUGAAGGACAUGAUUGAGAAGAUGGGCUAUGAAGUAAAACUUGUUCGCAUUACAAAGCGGGUACAUGAAGCAUAUUUUGCUCGAUUAUACCUCACCAAGUUGGAUAACGGAUGUGAGAGUAUAAGCUUUGACCUUCGACCUUCUGAUGCAAUCAACAUUGCUGUGAGAUGUAAGGUUCCAAUACAAGUCAACAAGCACUUGGCAUUUAGUGACGGCAUGAGGAUAACUGAAUCUGCAAAGCCAUUGAUGCAGGGCUCUUCAGACGGGUCACUGCUGACUGGGCUGGACAGACCAACUGGCCAGCCAUGCAUUGAGGCAGAGGAGUUUAUUCUUUUGCGCAACAUGCUGAUUGCUGCAGCAGAGGAACGCUAUAAAGAUGCAGCUCUGUGGAGGGACAAGCUCACUCAACUUCGUUCGAAGAGAAACUGGACAUAGCAGGGAGAUUCAUUUGAUAAAGCAAACUGUAACCAUAACUGCAUUAGGAUGAAGAUGAAUUGUGUGUACAUAGCUGAAGACAUUUGUGGGAUGGAUGUGCAAUUUGGCUACUUCAAUCACCAACCAUGUCCUCUGUAUAAAUAUGUAAACCAUGUGAAUGUAUAUAUGACUCUGUUUGUGUGUUUGUAUUGGUUGGCUGUAAUUCUAUGUAAUAAUUCCUUAAAAUUCCAUAAUUAAAAAAAUUCAGCAGGUCUUCAACCAA